UAGCUGUCAUUUCCAGAGCUUUAUCUUCAAAACCCAAAAAGAAGCUUCAGAAAUAAAACCUCUGCUUUAUACUUGACAAUCACUCACAAAGCAGUGUUACCCGGAAACCCUCCAAGAAAUGAUGCUUCUUCAACCUUCUCUGAACCAUCAGCAGGCCUCACUCUCCUCAACCAUCUCCUACUCUCGACCACUCCCAUGGAAAAAUCCCCAUUAUACGCUUCACCAAACAGUAAAUUACCGGAAACUUCCAAUCACAUGCUCAAUAUCAAAAGUUCACAGCUAUGGGACAGUGGAUUAUGAGAGAAGACCCAUGAUUAAAUGGAAUUCUGUCUACAGAAGAAUUUCCUUGAUGGAAAAACCUGAACUGGGGGCUGCCACAGUUUUGAAUGAAAUGGAGAAAGAUGGCAAGAAGCUUACUAAAUGGGAGCUUUGUAGGGUUGUCAAGGAAUUGAGGAAGUACAAGCGCCACAAGCAAGCCCUUGAGGUUUAUGACUGGAUGAAUAAUAGAGAAGAGAGGUUUAGAUUAUCAGCCAGUGAUGCUGCCAUUCAAUUAGACCUUGUUGCCAAAGUGCGUGGAGUUUCUUCUGCUGAAGAUUAUUUUAUGAGGCUUUCAGAUAAUGUAAAGGACAGGAGGGUAUAUGGGGCUUUGCUGAAUUCCUACGUGAAAGCUAGAAUGAGAGAAAAGGCGGAAUCUUUGAUUGAGAAAAUGAGAAAGAAAGAUUAUACCACACAUGCACUUCCAUUCAAUGUGAUGAUGACUCUAUAUAUGAACCUCAAGGAGUAUGAUAAAGUUGACAUGAUGAUAUCAGAAAUGAUGGCAAAAAACAUACGGCUUGAUAUAUAUUCCUAUAAUAUCUGGUUGUCAUCUCGUGGAUCCCAAGGAUCUAUAGAGAGGAUGGAAGAGGUAUAUGAGCAAAUGAAGCUGGACAGCACCAUUAAUCCCAACUGGACAACGUUUAGCACAAUGGCGACUAUGUACAUUAAAAUGGGGCAGUUAGAGAAAGCUGAAGAUUGCCUGAGGAGGGUAGAAAGUAGAAUCACAGGUAGGGAUAGGAUACCUUAUCACUAUCUCCUAAGUUUAUAUGGUAAUGUUGGUAAUAAAGAAGAGAUAUACCGUGUGUGGAAUAUUUACAAAUCAGUUUUUGCAACUAUUCCAAAUUUGGGAUACCAUGCUAUUAUCUCAUCUCUGGUUCGGAUGGAUGACAUUGAAGGGGCAGAAAAGAUUUACGAGGAAUGGCUGCCAGUUAAGAGUUCCUACGACCCUAGAAUAGGAAAUCUCCUCAUGGGAUGGUAUGUUAGAGGGGGAAAUUUGGAUAAAGCUGAAAGCUUCUUUGAUCAUAUGAUGGAGGUGGGAGGAAAGCCAAAUUCAAGUACAUGGGAGAUUCUUGCAGAUGGGCAUACCAGAGAAAAGAGAAUUUCUGAGGCUCUGUCUUGCUUUAAGGAAGCUUUUCUUGCUCAGGGAUCAAAAAGUUGGAAGCCAAAGCCUGUAAUUAUAUCUUCCUUCUUUAAGCUAUGUGAGGAAGAAGCUGACAUGGCAAGUACUGGAGUUUUGGAGGAUUUGUUGGCACAGUCUGGUUAUCUUGAAGAUAAAACUUAUGCAUCACUUAUUGGAUCUUCCGUCCCUAGCAAUGAACUUUCAACUGAGAAAGAUAGGACCGGCGACAGAAAUGAAGUUGAGGAGAAUGAAAUGUUUCUCAAUCAAUUGCAGGGUAAUCCCUGAUAUAUGUGCGGGGAAGUUAUUUGUUAGGCCUCAUGCUGGGUGGAGCGUCUCUGAGCUUGAUUUUUCAAAGUACUUUACUAUCUUUUGACUUUUCAUAGCAAUCAUCAGGGGGCAAAUACUGUGGUCAUGCUAAUGGUAGCCAGAAAUCUUGGGGAUUCUUCAAUAUAGCCUACUCUGCAUAAGCAUGUUGAUAUGACAGCGGAGAAAAAUAUCCUGGUAAUUUGUGCGACACCGCUUCUUCUGCUAUAAAUUUUGUAAUAUCAAUUUCUUUUUUCUAAACAAGUUAUUGGAUAGGUUUUUGGUAGUGUGAAAACUUUGUAGCUUAAAGUUAAUUGAUCGAGACAUUUUACAAA